GCUUCGAAUUGCCCACCGCCGCAACCAGUGCAACCUAACGGAGGGCCUCUGAAAAUGGCCGACAUGUCAAACCACCUAGCUAGGUCCAGAAAGGUGCUAGAUGGAUAGACCCCCUAUCCUUUGCUGCUCCGUAUAAUAAAAGGGGCGGCAAAGCGGCAACUCUAUUCUUCUUGAUAUAAUCAUCAGCCGUCCGCCGACCAAUCCUCUUUCGCUUUCUUUCUCUCUCUCCGAUUUAUUUAUUUUUGUGGUACAAGAACUCGAUCUGGGAACUUGAACGGCGACGCAACGAGGGUUCGGCGCUCUACCACCCCAUCGUCCAUCUCCGUCUUUUCUCUAGAAGCGAAUCGAAGCUACACAGAGUCUCCCUUCGUCUCUCUUUCCCCAUCCGCUCUUGUUUGCUCUUCUCUCUAUUUUCCGGGGGAUUAUAAGUGCCGGAUUGUGGUUUUUGUUCGUUCUGGAGUGAUUUCUAUGGGGAUGGUUUCUUCUAUGAUUCGGAAAGGCUCUUAAGGACCACCAAUUUGAGCCUCAUUUGCUUCGGUUUGAAGCUAGUCAAGCAAUGGCUCAUUCGGAGGACCGAAGUAAUGAUGAUAUUCAAUUUCAUUGGGGUAAAAAAAGAGGAAUUGGUGGUACAAAAAGGGAUUGUCAAUUCUAUGAGUCAUUCACAUUUGAUAAUGUGAACUACUCGUUGUAUGAUUGUGUUUACCUUUCUAAGCAUGGCGAGCCCGAGCCGUAUAUCGGAAAGAUAUUGAAGAUAUGGGAACAACUGGGCCAUAAGAGAGUUAAAAUUUUAUGGUUUUUUCGCCCAAAUGAAAUUCAAAAUUAUUUGGGAGAUCACACGCCAUUGGAGACGGAGAUCUUUAUGGCUUCUGGUGAAGGUGUCGGUCUUUCCAAUGUCAAUGCACUGGAAGCCAUAGCUGGCAAAUGUUGUGUAAUCUGCACUUCAAAAGACGAGAGGAAUCGACAACCUUCCAGCGAAGAAUUGGCUAUGGCUGACUACAUCUUUUAUCGCACAUUUGAUGUUGGAAGCUAUGAAAUAUCUGAAAAGAUAGCAGAUAGAAUAGCCGAUGUUGAAGUUAAGUAUCUUUUAAACUGGAAAGAGGAUCAGAAGCCAAAACUUGAAGCAAAUGGUAAUGGAGAUCGCAAGCCAAAUAUUGAAGCAAAGUUUGAAGCAGUUGGUGGAGAUCAGGAGCCAGAAGAUAAAUCUUCAAAGAAAAUUGCAUUGGUUGAUGGCUCAGCCAAACCCUUGGAUAUGGCAUCCUUUGAGAAGGUGAGGCUUGGUGAGAAGAAAACCAACCCUUUGGAUGAAUCCUUGAAGAUGGCAUCUCCUGCUGUUCCGGCGGAUGGAAAUAAGAAGGCUGGCCCUCAAACACUGGGAGUAACCAGAAGACCAGAUCAGAAGUGGAAGGCCGAAGCAAUAUUUGAAGCAAUUGGUGAUGGAGAUCGGGUGCCAAAGUUUGAAGCUAUUGGUGAUGGAGAUCAGAGGUCAGAAGAGAAACCUUCAAAGAAAAUGAGAUUGACUGAUGGCCUAGCAAAGAACUUAGAUAAGGCAUCUUCUGAGAAGGCGAAGCUUUGUGAGAAGAAAACUGAAGCUUUAGAUAAUUCCUUGAAAAAGGUAUCUCCUGCUGUUCCAGCAGACAAAGAUAAUAAGGCUGACCCUCAAACAUUGGAAGUAACUAGAAGAUCAGAUGCGGAUAGAAGCAAGUGGUUCAAGGGACUUCCUUGGGAAGGAAGGAUGCAGAAAGCUGCUGAGCAAGGAACGCUUGUGUUUAUUGAGAAUUUGGACCCAUCGUAUACAUCAUCAGAAGUAGAAGAUAUCAUCUAUCAUGCUUUGAAACAAAGUUGCACUGCAAGGGUCAUUCCACAGGCUACAUUUCAAGAUCCUACUUAUGGUCAAGCAUAUGUGAUUUUUAAAACAAAGGAGGCUACAGAUCUGGCUGUUUCAAAGAUCAAUAUGGGAUGCUUAAUGCUACCAAAUGGAAGACCUCUUACUUGCAGAAAAGGCAUGUUAAUGGUGCCACAACCAAAACCAUCUACAUUAACUGGUCAUUUGUCUGUCAAACUCAAGCCCCAAUUGCAACGAGAGGAUGUGAAAAAGGCUGUGUCGACAUCACACUGUUCCCAGCCUAAUACAAUUGAAUAUGAGAUGGCCAUGGAUUGGAUUCUGGCACAAGAAAAAUCUGUUAGAUGGUUCCACCGUUUGUUUAAGGGGCAUGGUGAUGAGCAGAAACUAGGCAAGAAGAGCUUGAAGCACAAGUAAAGAAUUACUAAUUAUGGCGUCCUUCUGUAGCCACACACUUUUUCCCUGUUCCAGGUUGCUUAUUUCUCGAGGGUCCAAUGUCAAUCUUCAACUUUUGUUCGUGGAGAAUCUAUACUCCAGGCUUUUUUUGAUUCUGGAUAUGAGCCUGGGGUAAAUUGUUGGGAUCAUCGAGUAUAGUGGUAAUGAUUCUUCAGAUCUGUUCAAAAUAUGACAUGGCAUCUCUUAAGCCAGUCUGGGAUUGGAGGCCCUCUGUUUAGCAGCUGAAAAUGUAAUGACCUGAUAGUCCAGGACUUCCAAAUAUCGAGAUUAGCAUCCACCAUGUGUGGGUUGUAAUAUAACAUUUUGGUAGACCUGGUUACCCAUGGUUGGCCCCAUCAGCUUCAUUUAGUUUGUAUGAUUCGUGGUGGUUAGGCGUUCCCAUUUCCACCCUAAACGUUAUAUGAGCAAGGAGCUGUAAAAUUUAUGGGUCAUGAAUUAUGCUAAGAUUGGCAUGAUGCAGAUGAUUUAAAUUAUACAGAACAUAUGAGUGAAUGGCUGGCCAGUAAUAUUCGAUUGAACAAUUUAUUUUUAUCUCUGAA